UGGGUACCUGUCAAACUGCUUCAGUCUCUCGUUCCCUACUUACCUAACUAGAGAUGAAGACCUGCGUUUGCUGGAAGUUACCGCUGCUCACGUAGACCACGCUCAGUGAAGAGCACAGAUUCUGGAUUGUUUGUAAAUGAUGAAGGAAAAAGAACCAGCUGAAGGAAAAGUGAGAAAAAUGAAGGAUCAUGAUGACGUGUUACAGGGAUGUAAAGAUAUCACACCUUUCCAGCAGAUUAUUGCAUCUUCUGUAGGAGCCCUGUUCACAUCACUGCUUGUUACUCCACUUGAUGUUGUCAAAAUCCGACUGCAGGCCCAAAAAAAAACAAUUUAGCAAAGGUAAAUGUUUUGUCUAUUGCAAUGGCCUAAUGGACCAUCUGUGUUUGUGUGAAAAUGGAAGCAGUAAAGCAUGGUACAAAGCUCCGGGCCGUUUCAGUGGAACUCUGGAUGCUUUUGUCCAAAUUAUCAGAAACGAAGGUGUCAGGUCCUUGUGGAGUGGACUUCCUCCAACUCUGGUGAUGGCACUGCCAGCUACAGCUAUAUAUUUUACCUGCUAUGACCAGCUUCGGGACAUUCUAAUUCAUAGAAUGGGGGGAAGCAUUGAAAGCGCCUCUCUCAUUGCUGGAGCCACAGCUCGACUUGGCUCUGCAACAAUAAUUAGUCCACUUGAAUUAAUACGAACCAAGAUGCAGUUUCGACCUCUGUCCUACAUGGAGCUGAUAUUAUGCAUCCAAAGCUCAAUAGCUAAUGACGGAUGGUUAUCUCUUUGGAAAGGAUGGGGGCCAACUGUUCUGAGAGAUGUUCCAUUUUCUGCAAUGUACUGGUACAACUAUGAACUUGGGAGGAGAUGGUUAAGCCAAAGGUACAACACAAUGCAGCCCUCGUUUGUAAUAAGCUUCACAGCUGGGGCAGUGUCCGGUUCGAUUGCUGCUGUAGUAACGUUGCCUUUUGAUGUCGUUAAAACUCGAAGACAAGUUGAAGUUGGGGAACUUGAAGUGUUUAAUUAUACGCAGAAAAGAUCCAAAUCCACUUGGAAAGUGAUGAACACAAUCGUGGCUGAGAAUGGUUUUAGGGGUCUGUUUGCUGGUUUGAUUCCUCGCUUAAUCAAAGUCGCACCUGCUUGUGCCAUAAUGAUCAGCACUUAUGAAUAUGGAAAGUCCUUUUUUCGGAAAUUAAAUCAUGAAAAGCAGCUAAAAACCACAUAAUUAUCAGAAGAAAAUACACAGACUUUUCCACUCAGCUGCAACAACUGCCAUCUAACUUACUACAGUUUGAUUUCCAACACAUCCUCUCCCAAACUCAGAGAAAAUACACAGACUUUUCCACUCAGCUGCAACAACUGCCAUCUAACUUACUACAGUUUGAUUUCCAACACAUCCUCUCCCAAACUCAGAGAAAAUACACAGACUUUUCCACUCAGCUGCAACAACUGCCAUCUAACUUACUACAGUUUGAUUUCCAACACAUCCUCUCCCAAACUCAGAGAAAAUACACAGACUUUUCCACUCAGCUGCAACAACUGCCAUCUAACUUACUACAAGUAGCCUUCUGGAAAACAGCCUCAUUAUAUUUUACCUACCAAGUUGUUUUAUUGUAUGUGUUUGUAUAUUUAGUGAUAAUUCCUUUUGUUUUGUUUUUAUUUUAAAUGUAUAUACUACCAUGACUCUGUAAUUACAGGCUGUGCUAGUCAUAAUUUGCAUAGCUCUAGCUCAUUGCAUAUUUGAUCAAUUUUAUGUCUGCCAUUAUGUUAUGUUAGUUUAAGCAGCUAUUGCCCUGUUAUCUGUAUAUUUGUUUAAUGGUUUUAUUUCACCCCUGGAAUACCUCAGUCUCAUUCUUAUCUCUGUAAUAUUUUGUUGAUGUUUUUUUAUUCUGUUUCUGCAUGAUUGACCCCCAGCUUAAAUGUACCCUCCCACUCCUUUAACACACUCUUGCUGGACCGUCAUUAACCUAACAUCUAACUUACUACAGGUAUCCUUCUGGAGAAAAUCACGGAGUUCAGCUGAUUUUCUUCAUUACAAAUUCAUCUUGAACUCCUACUACUCUGCCCUUAAUCUCCACAAGCAACACUACUUCUCUACUCUUAUCUCUAAUCUUUCUUCAAACCCAAAACGUCUGUUCUCCACUUUCAAUACUCUCCUCCGCCCUCCCCCACUUCCUAAUACAACUUCUCUGUCAGCUCAAGACUUUGCCAGUCACUUCAUUAACAAAAUUGACUCCAUCAGACAUGAAAUCAGCUCUCAACACAAUUCCAUUCUCUCCCCCACUCAAAUACUCUCACUCAACCACAACCCUCAUAACCUGAAACUUAGUUCAUUCUCCCCUGCUACUGAGGAAGAAGUUUCAGCACUUACACUGCGCUCUCACCUAACUACCUGUCCCCUUGACCCUAUCCCCUCACAGCUUCUCCCCACUCUCUCUGCUACCCUUACCCCUAUACUAACACACAUUUUCAACCUCUCCCUCAGCACUGGUACAUUUCCCACAUCGAUGAAACAUGCACUGGUCACACCUAUCCUCAAAAAACCUUCCCUUGAUCCUACCUCCCCAUCCAACUACCGCCCUAUUUCCCUCCUCCUUCUUGCUUCAAAACUUCUCAAAAAACUAGUAUAUGCACGCCUAUCCCAUUUCCUUACGUUAAACUCCCUUCUUGACCCGCUGCAAUCUGGAUUUCGUCCCUAUCACUCCACAGAGACAGCUAUUGUUAAGGUCACCAACGACCUAAUUACAGCUAAAUCAAAAUGCCACUUCUCUCUGCUUAUCCUCCUUGAUCUGUCCGCAGCCUUUGACACUGUCGACCACCCUCUUUUGCUCCAAACCCUCCAAUUCUUCGGCAUCUGUGACACAGCCCUUUCGUGGCUCUCUUCCUACCUGUCAAACCGUACCUUCAGUGUAGCCUUCUCUGGGGCCUCCUCUGCCCCGUCACCACUUUCUGUCGGAGUACCGCAAGGCUCUGUCCUCGGUCCCCUUCUCUUCUCAAUCUAUACGUCAUCACUAGGUUCCCUAAUUAAGUCCCACGGUUUACAAUAUCAUUUGUAUGCCGAUGACACCCAAAUCUACUUCUCUGCACCAGAACUAUCUCCUUCCGUGCUAACCCGUGUCACUAACUGUCUUUCUCACAUCUCUUCCUGGAUGUCCUCUCACUACCUCAAGCUAAAUCUCUCCAAAACUGAGCUCCUCAUUUUCCCCCCUUCUUCCAAAAUCUCCACUCCCAAUAUCUCUAUAACUGUUGACAACUCCAUCAUUACCCCUACCCCGCAUGCCCGAUGUCUCUGGGUCACAUUUGACUCAGAUCUUUCCUUCACUCCUCACAUUCAGUCCUUGGCUACAGCCUGCCGCUUCCACCUUAAAAACAUCUCUAAAAUUAGACACUUCCUUACACAAGACACAACUAAGAUUUUAAUCCACUCUCUCAUUCUUUCCCGCCUUGAUUACUGCAACUCUGUCCUCUCUGGUCUCCCCACCUGCCGCCUAGCUCCUUUACAAUCCAUAAUGAAUGCAUCUGCCAGACUCAUCUUCCUUACACGUCACUCUUCAUCUGCUGCGCCUCUCUGCCAAUCCCUUCACUGGCUUCCUCUUGCCUCUAGGAUCAAACACAAAACUCUCACUCUGACAUACAAAGCCCUCAACUGCACUGCUCCCCCCUACAUCUCAGACCUUGUCUCCAGAUACUCUCCCUCCCGUCCCCUUCGCUCUGCUCAUGACCUCCUACUCUCCUCCUCUCUUGUCACCUCAUGACACUCCCGUUUAUAGGACUUCUCCAGACUGGCUCCCAUCUUGUGGAACUCUCUGACUCGCUCCACAAGACUCUCUUCUAGUUUUAAAAGCUUCAAGUGCUCCCUAAAGACUCUACUGUUCAGGGACGCAUACAACCUACGCUAACCUUUCCUAAUGCCAGUUCCUCUCCUCCACUGCAAUCCCCUGAACCCUCUUAGCAUGUAAGCCUAAAAGUCCAGCUGUUUGUAGAUCACCUUCUUAAGAGCUGACUACAACAGUGCAACUCUUGGCAGGGCCCUCUACCCUAUAAUUUUUUUUUUGUACUCCCCCUUUGUUUAUAGCGCUGCGGAAUCUGUUGGUGCUCUACAAAUAACUAAUAAUAAUAAUAAUACCCCACUGGGAGUGUUAUUUCUUCUGCUUGCCAAAAACUUUCGGAAUAGGUGGGGAUACUAUAGGCUAUUCAACUAUUUAAAAUGGCAAUAUAAAGGUAAUGGAUAUACUUGUAAACAAUUUAAUACUCUGCAGCAGGUAAAGUGGCUCAUUGGGAACAAAUUAAAGGGGAGAACAUUUUUGAGUAAACUGUUCCUUUAAAUCUUGUGCGAAUCUGUAAAGCAGUGUACCAUGACUGCCCCUCAUUCCUGGGUGUUACAUAUCAGUAAAUUUCAUCCCACUUUCAGUUUUUGUGCCAAAAAUACUAAUUAAAGGCUAAUGUGUAAAAUAACAAAUAUAUUUAAAAAAUUGUUAACUUAAUCUAUGACUUUAUUUAUAUCCUUAAAUCGGUAUUGUGCCUUUUUAGCUUUUAAUAAAUAUUUUUACUGUGGGAAACACUGCAUGUGUUGUACAAUGAUAACUAUGUUUCUUAUUUGGCUGUGUCAACUUCAAAAGUAAUAAAUUCCCACUUUUGAUAACA